AUGGCGCCGCCAAAUUUUGCCAUCUUCAAUCAGGCUCGCACGCAGUAUCGAGGAACCGCUCAGUUGCACACCUUUGCCACCGACCUGGGCGACCUUCUGGAAGCCAAUGCGAGAAUCGACCAUCUGGAAGAGAAUUUGACCGACCGUCAGAAGGAUCGGCGCAGAUUCGACAAGAUUCAGAGUCUUGAGCCAAAACUCAACAAGCAGAUUGUCAAGCUGAGGCAGGAGAUUUACGACGAGGAGCGAAAGGUGUCCAAAGUGCAAAACGAGACGAAUCAAGCGGAAUGGUGGACCAAGACUGUGAAGGGCAUGACUGGCAAGACAGGCCCGUUAAGUGAGGCGGAGAAGCUCGUUGCGAAGGUGGUUUCGGACUUUCUCACACGCUUUGAGCUUCCUCAACAGAUCCUCGACCCUACCUGGAUGGCUGGCUACGAAGCAUACAUUAGCGAUCCCACCAACAAGCCGACCAAUCCUGACGUCUUCGAGACGGACGACACUGCCGUCAUGGACCUCUUCGCCAACAGCAACGGCCUCGUACAACGCCAUUCGUCUGGUCGCGGCUACACUAUCCACAGCAUUGUGCAAUUCCUGCAGUCCGCCAGCGCCAACCUGUCCGAACUUCGGAAAUCGUACACUGAGCUAGAGGAUCAGCACGCCCAGGACAUUGAGAGUCUCAUGGAGGACAAGGAAUCUGCAGUCGAUGAAAAGGAGACGGAGGUUCGGGACGCAAAGGAAGAGGGUCAGCAGUGGAAGAACAAGUACGAUGAGCUGUCCUCGAAGCAUCAAUCGUGUGAGGCCGUGGCACAGGAGCGUGACCAAUUGAAAGAGAAGGAAACAGAAUUCGACACCGCCAUCAAGCGCACAGCCCAGCUCGAGACAGAUCUCCAGCCUCUUCGUGAAGAAGUGGAGCGACUGAAGGAGGACGUUGAGCAGGAAAAGAGCCUUCGAGUGAAGGCUGAACAAGAUCUCGCCAAGGAGAAGUCCAAGCAGACUCCGCUCGAGCGUGACCUCGAAGGCUUCCAGGGCAAGCUCGAAGAGUAUCUCCACGACUAUGAGGAAGAGAAGACCGCCCGCGAGGAGGCCGAGCAGCAAACGUCGGACAUCAAGGUCGAGAUGCAAGGUCUCCAGGAGAACAACACCGACCUCACCGCCCUCAGCAAGCAGCUCGUCGAGUGUUACAUCAAGUCCGAUCGGUCUUGUCCGAUGGACAUUUCGCUGUUCUUUCCCCUCCUCCCUGACAGCAGCUUCGACUUGGAAAUGAGUGUGGCGGCCCAAAGCCGAUCCCAAGCCAAUCUGGUCCACUACUACGCCGACCGCGAUCUCGACAAUGGAUACGAUUUGUACGCCCUCAUCGCCGAGCAGAUUGGCGUCCGUGUCAACAACGCCCCGACCGAUCCCCUCAGCCGAGCUAUCGUACUGGAGCGAGCCAUCAUGACAAGACUCAUCAACGCCCCAAGCGUCGUAACAGCGACUGUCGUCUUCCGCCAGGCCCUGAAGUUGGCCGCGUUGGUGAACUUUCCGAGUGACGCCUUUCUCUUACUGUGUGCCGUGUUCGAGACUUUGCACAAGUGGUUCCCUCAUGCCAACGCCACUAACUACACUACCCUCAUGGAGACCGUGCUGGACCGCCGCUACUUGGCGCUGCAACCCGGCGAGCUCCCUCCACUGCUCGACCAAGUCUGCAUUUACCAUCUCGGCCUCACCCUACCGUCGCCGUCAGACAAGUUUCAACUAUACUCCGCCGGUGUUCACAACGCCUUGACCGACAUCACGAUCAACUCCGAGCACUAG